UAUAGCAAAAGGCACAGCGAAUUAUUAUAUUCAUACAACACGAACUAACACUCUCAAUGACCACACCAGCGAAUCGUAGGAGCUGUUGUAGUAGUGCUUUUAUGCGCGAUAUGAUCAUACUCAUACAACACAACUGCUACGACUUGCAUCCUGUAGCCGUUUUUUAGUUGAUAAUUUUUUGCUUUUGCAUCGUCUGCCUCGAGAAUACAUUUUAUCUUCAUGAAAUUGCAAGAUCAUACUUCUACUGCAACUUUCGUCUGCAAAUCGCACCAGAUUUUCAACACGAAGAUGAAGUUUUUUUUGUCAAUAGCAAAAGCUUAUUUUAUCGUGUGGGCGCUACCGCCUGUUCCUGCACGACUUGAAUUCCUACUGUCGCGUGUCGACGAAGCAGGGGUGGAAAUUGCACAGCAAGUUCGAGAAGCGGAGCGGCACCACAACGAGCACCGGCACAACUCCUUCACUACACGUACUAGAAGUACAACAACUCCCUCAAGAGCAACUACAUCCCUCUUCACCGCCUCCGCCUGUCUGACCGGAAUUCUGAAACUCGGCGGUGCAUCGAGUCCGCGCGGGGCACUUCUAAAUACUGGUACAACUUCUAGACGCGGCGGCGGAUUUCCGUCGUGGGAUGGGGGCGGGUCGUUUGACUCCGAUCAUAGUCGCAGCCCCAGUGAGGAGGAUGGUAGUCGGAGUCCUCCUAGUGGGUCGCCGUCUGGAACAUUUUCAACCAGGAGAGGUAGAAGCGCUGCGCCUGAUGAACAGUAUGACAGCGACUUUGCACCCCUACGAUCAUUCGAUUUGCAGCUGCGCGGUUCCGCGGGACGAACGCAUGAAGAUCU